UGUAACGUUUAACUGUCUACCAGAAACAUGUCAUUCAUGACUAGACUGACAAGGGAUAUUGUUGAGAGGGCGGAGGCCAAUCAACCCCUAUCGACUACAAUACCGUCGAAAAGGAAAACAGUAACAACUGUUAUACCUCCGCCCAAGGAGGAACAUGCAGAAUGUAUUCGGAGCAGAUUGGACGAAACCUCCGACCGAGAGUGUGAGACUCCAGGAGUGACUCCGUCCGCUAGAGCAUGGGAGGCGACACCUAGCUACGCUACAGCCAUGACACCAGGACAUGCUACUCCCGGCGCUAUGACGCCAGUGUCCACUGCUAGGAGACACAGCGAUAUGACCAACGCUCUGGCGACUUUUGGAUCAAAGAACAGUGCCGUUGUCAACGAUGUAAUUAGGAAAUACAUUACUGACAAGUCAGGGAGCUCCUUGACCCGGCUGCACAUAGAUGAGGUGGUUAGGAGAACCGCGGCCAAGGAGAGCAGCCGGAGGCAGAACCUGAAGAGGUUAGCUAAAAGGAAGCUCACAAGAAUGACCAGUGCAGCGAAGUCUCUUAAAGAGCAGAGAGACAGCCUCAACGAACGUCUACGGAUGUUGUAUGACGAGGAGGAAGCCAUGAGUUGAGCAUGGCUCUCGAAAAGUUUAAUAGGCUAAAAACUAUGAGAUAUAUGAUAUAUAAACAAUGUGUAAAUAUUUAGUUUUUUAACACUGAUUCUACAAGACCUUAGUGUUCGCAAAUUAUCGUUGAAUAAUUUAUGUGAUUUGAACUAUUUAACGUUAAUUGCUCAGAAUAGAGUUAAAUGGAGAAGUAUAACAUAUUUCGUAAAUUUUGUAAAUAUUCAGUUUUUUAAAUGUACGGGUAUCGGCCUUACAAAAUGACACGAAAAAGGAGAUGGCUCUGAAAUGCACAAAAAUGAGUUUUGUUCAUGUUUUAUUAUCCAGAUAGGUAGUUCAACAGGUAUAUUUUUCUUCCCGGGGGUUGAUUUGAUUGAAAAACCGUAAAUUUUGCGAUAAAAAUUGUCAUCUUUGAAAUCUUCCAAAAAAACAUGCCUUACAAAAUGACAAUUUCGUUUCGGCUGUCAUUUUUUAACAGCAGCCUAUAGAAAUUUGAUUUCACCUAGGACAGUUAGAUAAAUAUAAUAGAUUGUAGAUUAGAAUAGCUUUUACAGGAAAAAGGAUGAUUAAAAAAAGUUGGGCAAUUUUGCGUGAGAUAGUGCCUUACAAAAUGACAACCCAAAACGGCAUCACUUCAAAUCCGAUUUGGGAAAAAGUUUCAUUAUUCUUUCACGUGUCUUACUGUUAGAUAUAUAUGUUGUUUAUAUUAUACCAGUUCUGUUUUUACCAGAAUAUAUUAAAAAAGGAACAUUUUUUGUACUUUGAAAAAAUUUUAAAAAUGUCAUUUUGUGAGGCGUAAAAAUCAUUUUUUGUUUUCAUACUUGAACACAGUAUUUGGUUAUAUUUGAUAUUUUCUAUGACUGGAUAGAUCACUUUUCAAUGUUUAGUUAACGUUUGACAUGUUUUAGGAGUUGUUAUUACUCUCUGCUUUCACAAAAUAGAAGCUUUAUUUCGUUGAGUUUUUAAUUCAGAGUUUGAAAUCAAAGAGUUUGAAAUCAAAGUUUUGAUAUCAGAACUGCACUUUUUUAAUGCUACUUGAUUGUUAACUGUCAGAUUAUGAUUAUUUUUAACUUCUUCUUGUACGGUA